GCGGGCGAGGCGGAAGUGGUUGAUGGUGGAGCAGAGGGAAAGCGCUCCGGGAGACAGAAGCGCUUCAGUCCCGCUUUACUGAACACAGCGAGUUUCAUCCCUGCUCCCAGCCGGAGGUCUGAGCCGGAGGUGUGAGCGGGUCUGUGAGGAGGUGUGAGCGGGUCUGUGAGGAGGUGUGAGCGGGUCUGUGAGCGGGUCUGUGCUGAAGAUGCCGAAGAAUAAAGGCAAAGGAGGGAAGAAUCGGCGGCGUGGUAAGAAUGAAAACGAGUCGGAGAAGAGAGAGCUGGUGUUUAAGGAGGAUGGACAGGAAUAUGCUCAGGUGAUUAAGAUGUUGGGAAAUGGUCGUUUGGAGGCCAUGUGUUUUGAUGGAGUGAAGAGACUGUGCCACAUCAGAGGAAAACUUCGGAAAAAGGUUUGGAUAAACACAUCUGAUAUCAUCCUGAUCGGUCUGAGAGAUUAUCAGGAUAAUAAAGCAGAUGUGAUUCUGAAGUAUAACGCAGAUGAGGCGAGGAGUCUGAAGGCAUAUGGUGAACUUCCAGAGCACGCUAAAAUUAAUGAGACGGACACGUUCGGCCCGGGCGAUGAUGAUGAGAUUCAGUUUGAUGACAUCGGAGAUGACGAUGAGGACAUUGAUGAUAUCUAAAACAAUUCUUGAGGACGGCUGUGUUUAUGCUGACAGGACGAUCAUGCUCUCUUCUGAUUGGACAGAAUUUAUUAAACUUCUUCCCCGACUGACAGACUGGUGAUUUUUGUGUGUGAAAGAGAGAGAUAAAUAACCCGUAUAAAUCACUCCCUUAUUUCAAACUGCAUAUUUUUGUUCGUGUUUUAAAGUAUUUAUAUUUUAUUUCACCAAGUGUUCUGGAAUGUGAGGCUUAAAAUAUACACGCACCAUGAUUUACAAUAAAAGUGUGAGUGCUGCAGUGGUGUUUUAUCACCAGCAGGGGGCACUGUACAAACUGCCUCAGGUUUUUUUUUAUGUGCCCUUGUUCACUUCCUCUCAGUUCAGUUUUCUUGUCUCUCUCGGGCGCGGGUCCCCCAUCACAGCUGCAGUUCUAUUGGCUGGAAUUGGUCACAUGGUCCUUUUCAGUGAUUUGUUUACCAGGUUGGCACUACUAGCAGAUGUUUGAUGAGCAGCUCCAGUCAGAGAGCUGCUGCUGCUGCGACGGGGAAAGGCAUCACUGCUGAGAACUUUCUAAAUAAAACACAUCACCAACA